GGAAGAACUACCCUGAGUUUCAACUUCGGUAGGAUGACAGCUGAUUUCAAGACUUUGACAAACAUUGGCAUCGGUUGGCAUGCGACAUUUAUUAGUGUGUGUUAGUUAUUAGAUUUGAAAAUUGUUUGUAGCCAGUAGACCAGUCUCAUUUGUAAAGAAAAUGAAUCUUACAGAAGUCGAUAGAUGUAACCGCAGCUUUUAUCACCAGGGUGUGAAGAAAGGACUGAAAGUUCAAUAACUUCCCUGAUUUAGAUUUUGUUUAGAUUUGUUAAUUUCUGUGGACUCAUCAAGGCUACUGCAGGCAAUGAGUGAUGGAGCCAGGUUCGGUGGUUCGUGCUGUGUUUGAGUUCCUGCCCAGUGUCUCUGAAGAGCUUCCUCUCUUUACUGGGGAUGUUAUCGAGGUGCUCAAUGUCGUGGAUGAGUUCUGGUUGUUUGGCAACAAGGACGGAGUCACAGGGCAGUUUCCCAGCACCUUUGUGGAAGCAGUCACCAUCCCCAGCACCAAACCAGAGGAUAAACUGUAUGUUUGUAUCAAUGACUUCAGUACUAUAGAACCAGGAAACCUACCCCUGCAGAGAGGUGAUGUAGUGGCAGCUGAGGUGAGUGCGGACCCACAGACAGCCUGGCUGAGAGCUCGUAAUGCCUGGGGUGCCCGUGGCCUCUUUCCUGUCUCCUGUGUGAAAGAGCUCCACCUGUCAGGUCGCUCCAGGCAGCUGUCAGAGCGUUGUGCCCAAGCCCAGGCCUCAGAACUCCCCCCAUAUGCGUUGGGCCAGGCCAGAGCCCUAAUGGCCCUCCACGCACAGCUCCAUGAGGAGCUAGACUUCCGUGAGGGGGACCUCAUCACCAUUGUUGGCUUACCCGAGUCUGGCUGGUUCGAGGGAGAGCUGCUUGGGCAAAGGGGGAUUUUCCCUGAGGGAUUUGUAGAGCUUCUGGGGCCGCUGAGGUCGCCACAUGAUACAGAUGCAGACACCAUGAACUACAAGACUGAACCUUUGACCCAUGAGCCGAACAGUGCAGGUGAAGGUGCUGAGAAGGAGGAUGAAGUAUUUUCUGUUGAGGCUGGAAUGGAGGACAAAGAAGAGGGUGGGGUGUAUGGCAUAGCACUAUACGACUUUCGUGCCAUGGAACCAGGUGAAUUAGAUUUUGACGUGGGAGACCGUAUCCGGGUGGUGAACACCCUGGAAGACGGUUGGCUAGAGGGCGAGCUGAGAGGGCGAUCUGGGGCCUUUCCUUGUCGCUUUGUCAAAAUUGAGGACAAUGGGCAAAACUUGAGAGAAUGCACAGACUCUAUUAAAAGAGGAGGGGUAGAGGAGGAUAGCAGAUGUACUUUAGACUACAGUUUUAGUCAACAGGACCAUAGAGAGACUGAGUGCAGUUAUAAGUGGACACCCAAAGAAGACCAAACUGUGUGGGACCUGGAUUACUUUGAGAGGCCAGAGGAGAAAAGUUUGCCGGGACAUUCUGUCAGAGAUUGGCUUUCUCAGGAGACUGCAAGUGGGCAAACACAGCCUCAUAAGCCCACAGCCCACCAUGGGCCCCAGAGACCCAGCUCUGCUACUCCAGCAAGGCCCAGGCAUCCCCCUAGGCCAAGACUUUCAGCUUUGGGUAACAUGCAUCAAGUCAGCCCUAUCAGCAAUGAUGGUAGCAGGACUAGCCAUCCUAAUACAAUCCUACCACAACCACAGAACAGAGCUAAAAGCCUGUCUAAAGCUAGUAUCAAGUCUGCCUGUUCCAGGGACAACGAGCUCUACCUUGGAGAACCGGAGGGUGCCACUACCAAUGGAAAAAGUCCUGGUCUAGGCAAGGCAUUGUUAAAUCUAGUGGUGGAUGGCCACAGGCAGAAGAAGUUGACCCGACAUUCCAGUGUGAAUAAUGCAGACCUGUUACUUGGUUGCCAUGGUGAACAUAUUGCGCUGACCCAGCAGAAGAGACAGGGCUCUAAUGGUCACUUGCCCUGCUCAAUCACUUUGGAUACUCUGGCAACAUCAGCUGGUGACCUAGAGACCAAGUUAUCCCAGCAACUCUUGCAGUUUGAAAGAAGCCUGCCGGGGCAUGAAGGGGCUGAUGCCUCCAGUGGCAUUGUUAGGGAUGUUGUGCAGGCUGCUGUUGGGAACAACAGAAGUAGAGAGUCCAGCAUCUCCAAACACUUUUCCCUACUGGAUUUUAGUAGCAACAGCGAGUCCUCCCACUCCCGAAUGACCCUCCUCCAACCCGCUUCAUCCCUGGAGAGACGCAAAACCCUUCGACCCCCUCCACCUCGUCCAAGUGUCUUCCACCCCUCAACCCAAGCUCCAUACAAACCGGCACGUCCAGCGCCUCGCCCACCCCAACCCUUCUCCAGGCAACCACCCGAUAACAACGUCCAAAACAUUGGACCCCGCUUUUACACCCCCGAGGAGGGGGAGAUGUCUGUGACAGAGGCUGAUGAGAGGGGAGAAAAUGCUGAAAGUGCUUUUGGUGACCUGGCUCUGGAGCAAGAGAGUGAGAUGGAAUGCCAUAUAAAGAUGGAAAGGGACAUGGACAGUGCGAUUGAGAUUGAGAGGCAAAAACGGGCACAUCAAGAGGAGGAGUACAAGUUGCUGAUGAGGCUGCAGGAGGUGGAAAGUGACAUGGAGACGUACAGCCACACAGCCUCAGAGCUCAGGGCCAUGCUGGAGGAGGAAGAGGAGGAGGAAGAGGGGCAUUCAGCCUGUUUGCAGGCCCUGGAGAACCAGGAAUUUUGCACUUAUACCCUUGAGACUUUGGCCUUGGAACAGCAGCAUCUACAGCAGCAGCUACAAGAGAUGACACUCCUGUCGACCCAGCCCAAGUCCCUGGAGUCAGGCCCGGUCGUAGCAGCCACCGAAGACCCAGAGCAGAGGAUGUUGGAGAAAAGGUCAAAGGUCAUUGAAGAGCUGCUCCAGACAGAAAAGGACUACAUAAAGGACCUGCAGAUGUGUGUCAAGGAGAUUAUCCAGCCACUCCAACGCAAACAGGUGCAGAACGUAGACUUUGAUGGUCUCUUUGGCAAUAUCAGCUCUGUGAUCGACCUCUCCCGUCGCCUUCUUAAGAGCCUUCAGGACACAGACUCCAUUGGAAAGGUGUUCCUGGACUUUAAGACCGAGCUUGAGGAGGUGUACAAGAUCUACUGUCAGAAUCACGAUGAUUCCAUCUCUCUCCUGGAAAUGUACGAGAAGGAUGAGGGCAUCCAGAAACACGUACUGGACUGCCUUGAGAAACUCAGGGCUGUGUAUCGUGAAUGGGGUAAGACAAAUUACAUCAACCUGGGAUCAUUCCUAAUCAAACCAGUACAGAGGGUAAUGCGAUACCCAUUGCUGCUAAUGGAGCUGUUAAGUGCAACCCCCGAGUCCCACCACGACAGGCCGCUGCUGUCCCAGGCUCUGCUGUCAAUCAAAGAGAUCAACGUUAACAUCAAUGAAUACAAGAGGAGAAAGGACCUUGUGGUCAAGUACAGGAAAGGCGAUGAGGACAGUCUGAUUGACAAGAUCUCCAAGCUGAGCAUGCACUCAAUCAUUAAGAAGUCUAAUCGCGUGAGCAGCCACCUCAAACACCUCACUGGGAUUUCUCCUCAGAUAAAAGACGAGGCAUUUGAUGAGGCAGAAAAGAGGUUCAGACUCCAGGAAAGACUAAUCAAGUCCUUCAUCAGGGACAUCUCGCUUUACCUGCAGCACAUUCGGGAAUCGGCCUCAGUGAAAGUGCUGGCUGCCAUCAGUUUUUGUGACAUCUACACAGACCGAAGCCAACUGGACCCUGAACAAUUUCAGAGAGCCCACCGUUCCAUCAGUGACAAGCAGUUCGCCCACUUUAAGGAACGGACAGAGGCCUUGGUAAUCUUCCCCCUCACCCAGCUUCUGCUCAUGUUUGCUGGGCCCCACAAGCUCAUCCAGAAGCGUUUUGACAAGCUGCUGGACUAUGACAACUGUAAGGAGCGCGCUGAGCGACUCAAAGAACGCCGUGUUCAGGAGGAGCUGCAGGCAGCACGCAACAACUACGAGGCGCUCAAUGCCCAGCUGUUGGAUGAGCUGCCCAAGUUCUACCGUGCCGCUGAAGACCUGUUCACAGGCUGUGUGAGAGCCUUUGCUCAGGCCCAGAAAGACUUUACGAAGCUAACACUAGGAGAACUAAAGCCCUUGCUACAGUUAUCAGGCAUUGGCGGCAAUGACGGGAACCUGAUAUCUUUGUUCCAGGAGGAGUAUGGUAGAGUCCUCCAGCUUUUACAGAGCUUCAGCUUCUGCCCAGAGAACCUACCACCCAACACAUCCACACGCAAGCAUUUUGAAAAGAAGACACUAGAGAAACAGACUUCCAAAAGGCAGUUGCAGGGACCGCCAAACUACAUCCUGCAGACAGACGAGCAGAGAACAGGACUAUUGGCUCGGUACGGUCCAGAAAAGCUAUUUCAGGCAGAGAGGAACUUCAAUGCGGCCCAGGAGUUGGAUAUCUCUGUGUUAGAGGGAGACAUAGUUGGUGUUAUCAAGCAGCAGGACCCCAUGGGCAGCAACAACCGCUGGCUCAUUGAUAAUGGGGUCUCCAAGGGAUUUGUUUACAGUUCCUUCCUGAAACCUUACAACCCACGUAGGAGUCAUUCCGAUGUCUCCAUUGAGAGUCAGUCCUCCAAUGAGUCAGGCUACGGGGGUUCCUCCCCAGUGUUCUCCCGCCAAAACAGUAACAGUACACUGACCUUUAACCAAGAAACGGCUGCCGUCAGCUUCUCCACUACCUCUCCACCUAGCCGUUCCUCACCUCACUCCUCCCUAGACCCCACCAAGGAUCCAACCCUCUCCCGAAGAGCCCAUCACAGAGAGGCUCACUCACCCAACUGCAAUCAAGCUGACUCCACCAGAAAUCCCUCUGGUCAUCAGGACCUGUUGGACCCCGUGUACCGACACCCCACCAAUCUAAGAGACACUGCAGAUCCCACCUACCGACACUACAAUAAUCACAGGGACUCGUUUAACACAAGUCACACAACACCAACCAAUCUCAAGGAGCUGUCAGUCACUUCAGAAACAGAACCUUUGCACAGAAACAACUGUUUCGGUCCUUCUCAGAGAUGUGGCCAAACUGAAGCGGCUUUUGGCACUUAUCAACGGAAUGGCGACUGUGGUGGACAGAGGAGGUCCCCAAACUUGAGGGAUGAGUUUAUGGAACCCGAAGUGGAAUCUGAACAUGACCUGAAGCUAGAGGCUGAGCUCGACGGUCAUCAGAUUUACUACGCCAUUUACUCAUUUAGCGCUCGCUGUGCAAAUGAGCUGAGCAUCUCUGCCAAUCAACGCAUUCGCAUCCUGGAGUUUCAAGACAUGAAUGGCAACAGCGAGUGGUGGCUGGGUGAGGCGGGGGGUAGGCGAGGCUAUGUCCCAUCAAACUACAUUCGGAAGUCAGAGUACACCUGAAAAUGUCCCUUGGGAAAGUGCCACAUUAGAGUAGAGAGCUUGCCAUACAACAAACAUAAAUAGUAAUGAGCAAAUGAACAAAAAACAUCUAAAACUGAUUUUUUUAAAAAUGAGCAGGAUAUAUGGUGCCUUAUAUAGAAGGGUAUCUGUGGUUGUGGAGGUUUUUUGUUGAGAAUAACAUAUUUUGGGAAUUUACCAUGCUGCUGAUCCACUUCAAUGAAAGUUGCUAUAUGACUAUAUUUAUACUUUCUUUGUUUUUAUACUACUAUUAGUGUCUCUUGUUUUUUCCAUUGCUGUGAUACACUUGUAAGUUUCCCAGGCACAGAACCAAAUCCUCAUGUUUAGAUGGAUUUAUAUUAGAUAACCAAAUGAAGAGGAAAACACAUUGGGUUGUGAGUUAGGAAUUUGAAUGAGUUUGGUUCCGACUUCAAAACUUGUAUAACCUUGAGAUUGUUUGCAUGUGACUACAAUACCCUACAAAUAAAUCUGUGAGACAAAGAUGACAAUACAUUUGUGCUGCAUACAAUGCCUUCUAAAAGCAUACUUGCACAGUCUUCACAUUUUGCUGCCUUAAUCAAACCAAAAAAGUGAAAAAUCUAUGUUUCAGUUUAUUGUUUUGCUUACCAUCAACAGGGCCUGGGCAUUUGGUCUGAAGGAAGUAAAAACCCAGGAAACAUUGCCUCAGAUCUCUGGUUUUAGUUUUUCAAUGAGACAUUUACACAAGUGUUUGUCUUAGACACACACAACUGCUUCAUACAAAAUAGACACCAUGCAUGAUACUCUCAGUAAAAAUUUACCAUACUCGUACUACAGAUUCUUAAACUCCUCAUAAGCCACAUACAUAAUACAUAUUGCUCAGAAAGCACACCUCCAAAUCACUGCCGUUACUCCUUUCUUGGAGGUCAGGAGACUAUUGUAUUAGCAAAGCAGAUUAAACGGGCUGCUGGCUCCCAGAGGGAAGGGUUUUGUAAGUGUAGCAUUAGUGUCCCUACCUCAGAUGCUGUGUGUUAUGUCCAUCACUGUUUUCAGACUACAUAGGACAUACUGUAUGUUGCAGAGAGUUGUUCAGUACAAAACAUUGCAGAAAAUGUCAUUCUGAUUCACUUAUAAUUUAGCAGUGUGCCCUAUGAUAUAGUCCUACAUUGACACAUUUUGUUUAGGUUUAUAUCUGCCAUUUCUUAAAAAUCCUAAUGCACUUGCUUUGCACAAUUGAUUGAUGCUCCACCGUAUAAAUCACCCAUAUUUUGCUGAUUUCUACAGUGGACUAUCUUAGGAAACACAGUUAACAUUUAUUGCAUAAAAAUGUUAGAAAAUUGCUGUCCAAUAGUGUUUACCAACCAAAUUUAUAGAAUAAUCAUAUAAUAUGGAUAUGUGCUUUUCCCCUUUGCAUUGUGCAUAUUUUAUAUAUUUAUCGAAUUGUACAAUUAUAAUACCUGUCAAAUGUGCUUCCACCAUGUUUUAACUUUUGGUGUAAAGAUAUUCACUAUAAAUACAUAAAAUUGAAUGUAAUCCUAUUUCAGACUGAAUUUUAAGGCACCAAAAUGAGAAAACUGAGCAUGGAGUAUUUAAAUGUAUACUUAUACUAGUCACUUUUUAUUCUGUGUCUGCCCAUAAAGAAUUCAUCUCAUUUAUGAGGAGAUCAAGGAAGAACAUGGUUUCCCAAAUGGGGUUGAUAGAAGUGAAUGACAGUUGAGUGAUGAAAGGUUUGACUUAGGAUGGUAGUGAGAGUUUAACCAAAAGGGACAUGGUCAGAUCUAUGGCCCUGGUCUCUACUUACUCGCCUCAUACAUAUGUAAUGCUGUAUAUUGAAUAUGUAUAGCUUAAUGCACUCCAUUUGUGAGUUUUUCUUUUGAAUAAAAAAGAAAAUCAGCUCAGCUGAAAAAAAGUAA